GAAGUCACCAACAGCAUGUUCUCCACCUGGUACCCGCUACUACGCCACUCGACCUUCAAAUCCGCAGUGCUCAAGCCGCUGGCCCCCGAAUUCCUCAGCUACCUGCAGACCGACGGAAUCUUCCUGCCCGACAACGAGGCCACGCCGCAAUACGGCUCGCGCAUCGACGCUGUGGACUCGGACUCGGACUGGAGCGACGACGAGCCGGACGUGCACGUAAACCUGGACAGCACCAGCGCAGAAAUCCGCAGUGCCCUGAAGGAGCUCGGCGGCAGCGUGUUCCCGCGCAUGAACUGGAGCGCGCCCAGCGACGCCAUGUGGAUGGCCACCGGCAACACACUGCAGUGCUUUAGUGCCUCCGAGGUGUAUCUGCUGCUGAAGAGCUCCGACAAGAUCACCAGGGACCUGGUGGGCGCCCGGUACGAGGGCGUUGCGGUGAGUGUGGAGCCGGAGCUGGUGCUGCGGCAGUGGUGCAAUCUCCUGCCGUCGAUGGAGUUCCGAUGCUUUGUUAGGGAGCAAGAGCUGGUUGCCGUGUCGCAGAUUGACCUGCAGCACUACGAGUUCCUGGAGGACAUGGCGGCGCUGAUUGCCGACAAGAUUUCGGCGUUCUUCCAGGACAAGAUCCGGGAGGUGUUCCCGUCCACAAGCUACUGCUUUGACGUGUAUGUUACGCGCAACAUGGACCAGGUCUAUGUCAUUGACUUUGAGCCGUGGACGCACUCGGUCGACAGCGGGCUCUUCGGGUGGCAGGAGCUGGUGCAGGCAGCGGGAUUCCUUGGCCUGCGGCUGUUCCCGAAGAACGUCAAUGCAUUGGCCCAUUUCUCGGGCAAGUACUCGCAGAGCCGGUUCCCUGUCGAGCUGACAGCCGAUGCGUACCAAAAAUCCAUGGCCGAUCUGAUCGAGAAGAUGGCGGCGGGAACUGCAAGCUAA